AUGUCCGUCAAGACUCAUCCUGUUCCAGCACGCCUUUUGGACUCGUCCCAAUGCCCUACGCCACACGUUAACUCGCUUGAGCAGUACAAGGCCAUGUGGACCGAGAGUGUCGAACAACCCGAAAAGUUCUUUGGCAAUUUGGCACGUGAGCUUUUGUCGUGGUCAAAGCCUUUCGAAACAGUCAAGCACGGCAGCUUUGAAACUGGCGACGUUGCCUGGUUCUUGGAAGGUGAACUGAACGUUGCAUACAACUGUGUUGACCGCCAUGCCUUGAAGAAUCCCGACAAGGUUGCCAUCAUCCACGAAGGCGAUGAACCCGACCAGGUCCGCAAGAUCACCUAUGGCGAACUCUUGCGUCAGGUCAGCGCAAUGGCCAACACUUUGAAGAGCUUGGGCAUCCGCAAGGGCGACAAUGUGGCCAUCUAUAUGCCAAUGAUACCCGAGACGCUUAUUGCUUGUCUCGCUUGUGCCCGUAUUGGUGCUGUCCACUCUGUUGUGUUUGCUGGCUUUUCGGCUGAAUCGCUACGGGAUCGUGUUGUUGAUUGCGGUGCCCGUCUCAUCCUGACCUCCGAUGAAGGUCGUCGUGGUGGCAAGAACAUUGCUACCAAGCGUAUUGUUGAUGAUGCUUUGCGCGAUCCCAACGCUGCUGCUUUGGUUGAGCACGUCAUUGUUCACCGUCGUACAGGCUCCACUGUACCCUGGGAGGAAGGUCGCGAUUUGUGGUGGGACGAGGAAAUGAGCAAAGCCAGAACCGUCUGUGCCCCUGAGCCCAUGAACGCCGAAGAUCCUCUUUUCUUGCUGUACACCUCGGGUUCGACUGGCGCACCCAAGGGUAUUCUCCACACCACUGGCGGCUACUUGCUUGGUGCUGCCUCCACCGUCAAGUACAUUUUCGAUGUCCAUGAGGACGACAUUUAUGCUUGUAUGGCUGAUAUUGGAUGGGUUACUGGCCACUCAUACAUUCUCUACGGUCCUUUGGCGCUGGGUGCCACCACUGUGUUGUUCGAGUCGACCCCCACUUACCCCAACCCCUCGCGUUUCUGGGAUUUGAUCCAAAAGCAUAAGGUCACUCAGUUCUAUACCGCUCCUACCGCCAUCCGUGCUCUCCGUCGUUUGGGUGAUCAGUGGCUCAAAGGCUACGACUUGUCUUCCCUCCGCGUCAUUGGCUCUGUCGGCGAGCCCAUCAACCCCGAAGCCUGGUACUGGUACCACGACAAUGUCGGUAAGGGUCAAUGCACAGUCGUCGACACCUACUGGCAGACCGAGACUGGUUCGAUCAUUGUCUCGCCUUUGCCUGGUGCUACUCCCACCAAGCCUGGUUCUGCUACCUUGCCUUUCUUUGGUAUCAAGCCCGUCAUCCUUGAUCCCACGACUGGCAAGGAAUUGGAGAUCAAGUCCCAAGACGAUACGGGUGUGUUGGCUAUCUCCCAGCCCUGGCCCUCGAUGGCUCGUACCAUUUAUAACAACCAUAACCGCUUCUUGGACACUUAUCUCAAGCCUUACCCUGGCUUUUAUUUCACUGGAGAUGGCGCCAGUUUAGACGAUGAGAAAUAUAUCUAUAUCCGUGGCCGUGUUGAUGAUGUCAUUAACGUCUCUGGCCAUCGUUUGUCUACUGCUGAAAUUGAGUCUGCUUUGGUUCACCAUGAAACUGUCGCCGAAGCUGCCGUUGUCGGUGGCAACGACGACUUGACUGGUCAGUGCAUCCACGCCUUUGUUUCGCUCAAGCCUGGUGUUGAGCAGGCUGAAGGUUUGGAAAAGGAAUUGGUUCUUCAAGUGCGCAAGAUGAUUGGUCCCUUCGCUGGUCCCAAGCGUGUCCACAUCGUCAAUGACCACCCCAAGACCCGUUCCGGCAAGAUUAUGCGCCGUAUUCUGCGCAAGAUUGUCAACGGUGAACAAGACCAGUUGGGCGAUAUCUCUACUUUGUCUGAUCCUAGCGUUGUCGAAGCUUUGAUCAAGAGAGUUCACGGUUAA